UCUUUUUCUUUUGGAUUGACUUCAAUCAAAGAUCCCUCUUAGCUUCUAGUCUAAAUAAUAUUUUACAAAAAUAAACUACUAUUAAAAUAUCAUAAUUUUAUAUUAGCUAAUUUAAGAAGAAAGUCUCUAUUUUAGAAUUUCUUCUUAAAUAACUCUACAAGAGACCCUCUUUGCAAUUGACAUUCUAUUACUUGCUAUUUAUCUCAGAAUUUUGCUACAUUAACUCACUAGUGACUAGUGACUUUAUGCACCAUAAGUGCUUUAAGCACCAUAAAUGGACCUCAGUGGACCUAACCAUGGACGCGGGUAAAACCGGAAAGACGAGGCUUGGAAAGUUCCGUGCAAGUCAAGGCCAGCAUGUUUGUUUCACCAGCAAAUUCCGUCGAGAAAAUAAUUGAAUGGUAAUGACGUAACAGAAAAUGGCUGGACAAACAACGAUGGGCGGUGAUGCGCUGGCGGGCAUGGAUUUUGUUACUGGUAACCGCAGCUGCAUUGCCCGCCUUUCCCGAUUUCGUUUCAAGAAGACCAGAGCAUUUAUGAAAGCUCUAUUUUACAAGCAAAGUCAUUAAUUUUGAUCUCCGCAGGCACUUUUAAUCCCGAGGGUGGAUUUCGCAGUGUUGUUGUGAGAGAUUAGGACAAUCGGUUCGUGAAAUUGAGGACUGGGUGGUGGCUUUCUGUGAACUUUCGGUGGCUUACAGACGUUGUGUGAGAGAAUUUGGUUGUUAGGGAGAUUGUUAGGUGUUGAAGGUUUAGAGCUAAGGUGGUAGAGGUGGUGGCGAGUGAAAUUAGGAGGUAGUUGAGUUGAGGAGUCACUGAAAAGGGCGAGUAACCAUGGCCACACAACAAGCAGAGAAAGCUGCAGUGGCAGCCGUGCAAACUGGCUCAGCUUACUGGCGAGCGGCGGGGAUGACUUACAUCUGGUUUGCGUGUCGAUGUGCCGUCGUCGUGCGUUCAUGCCUAAAGGAGCCGUUCAAGUCGCAGGCUCUGAGCCGUGAGAAAGUGCACUACAGGUUCGGCAAAUACAAUGACGGCAAACAAGGAAAAUCAGAAUAUCGAGGAGUCGUGCAAUGUACCCCAAUAGAGAAAUAAAUGUUGAGGUAUCGACAGCUUCGGGCCCCAGGUCUCCAUCCAGGGACGGUCUCUAGAGUUCGUUUUCUGAAGUAGCAAUUUAUCCAAGUAUCAUAGAAUUUGAAAUUCAUAGAGUCGGAAAAAUUCAACGGGCCAAGUUAAAUCUGAUGCUCUUUGUAAAGUCAUAGCACUCUAUGAGUGAGUCGACUCGAAGAUAAACUUACUGAAAGGUGUUGACACGACUCACUUCUGACUUUAAUUCUCGGAUUCCAUAAACUUUGUGGUUGUAGACA